AUGCUGGGGAACAAGAAAUCUGCCAAGCCCACAACGCCAACAAUAAAAAUACAGAAUGAAGUCUUCUGGUUGCGGGUCCUCGCUUUCGGCGACAUUGGCUUCUCGCAGAGCUACAUGCUUCGGGAGAUUAGCACCUCAGACCUCACGUCCGUCCUAAAAUUCUUCAUCCACAACAAGGAGGCCAUUUACAAGCCCGCGACGGUGGGGUUCUUACCCUCUCUGUUCGGGCCUAUACUCAAGCGGGUGCCGUUCAGAACCCUGAAUCACAUCGGCACCUCGCGCCUCAACGCCGCCGCGCACUAUUCACUCAGCAACGACAUGUUCAAGGCCUUUCUCAGCCCUGACAUGACGUACUCGGCCCCCAUCUGGCUGCCGCCAUCAGACCCCCUGUCCAAGACCGAGUCCCUCGAGGACGCCCAGCGCAGGAAGCUUCGGUACGCAGUCUCGGCGGCGAGAAUCGUGGCGUCAGACCAUGUGCUCGAGAUCGGCACAGGCUGGGGCAGCUUUGCUAUCACCGCAGCUCAGACGACCGGCUGCCACGUCACGACGGUGACCCCAAGCGCUGAACAGAAACGGCUUGCUGAGGAGCGUGUGCGGGCGGCAGGACUGGAGGACAAGAUCUCGGUCGUGCAAGCCGAUUAUCGGGAGCUAGGUGGCAUGGGGGCGUUUGACAAGAUUGUCAGCAUCGAGAUGAUCGAGCAUGUCGGACAUGACUUCCUAGACACAUACUUCAGCUGCGUGGACCAGUAUCUCAAGAAGGACGGUGGAAUUGGAUUCUUCCAGUGCAUCACCAUCCCGGAGGCCAGGUACGAACAAUACCGGCACAGCCAGGACUUUAUCAAGAAAUACAUAUUUCCUGGUGGUCAUCUGCCCACUGUUACCGCACUCGUGGACAGCAUCAAUCGAGGAUCGAUGGGCGGGCUCAUCGUGGAGGAAAUCAGGAACGUUGGGAUGCAUUACCCCAAGGCUCUGAGAUGCUGGGAUGCAGCAUUUCAGGAGGCCUUUGACGGCAAAAUUGUGCCAGCACUGAAGGAAAGUCAGCCCGAGAUGACUACAGUCGACAUGGAAGUAUUCAGGAGAAAGUGGCAUUAUUAUUUCUGUUAUUGUGAGGCAGGUUUCGAGACCAAGGCGCUAGGGGAUGUUGCCAUUACGGUGGGCAGAGAAAAUUGCCUUGCGCUUCUCCAGCCAGUCUGA